ACGUCAACGCGCGGCGACGGCUAUGGGUCCGGGUGCCUGUGGCGCUUGGCGUCUUGGGGCGCUUUUGUGGCGUGGGGUCCUCUCCCGCGGAUUGAGACCCACGGUGGGCGCGGGGAUCCGACCUCCCUCGGGCCCGCCGCUCCGCCUGGCCUACCUGGCUCCCGGUCCCGCGCGCAGCCUGCACAGCGGGACCUGGUUGGAGAAGCGGGCAGAGGGUGUUGCCGACGAGGGGCGCCGGGAGUCGAGCACAGCAGAUCAUACUGGUCCCAAGUUUGACAUCGAGACGCUGGUUUCACUUCUGAGGCAAGAAAAUGCAAGAGAUAUUUGUGUAAUCAGGGUUCCUCCUGACAUGAGAUAUACAGAUUACUUUGUGAUUGGAAGUGGAACGUCCACCCGACACUUACAUGCUAUGGCCUACUACAUUGUGAAGAUGUACAAAUACCUGAAGUGUAAAAGUGACCCUCACGUUAAGAUAGAAGGGAAGGACACUGAUGACUGGCUGUGUGUGGACUUUGGCAACAUGGUGAUUCAUUUGAUGCUUCCAGAAACCAGAGAAACCUAUGAAUUAGAGAAAUUAUGGACCCUGCGUUCUUAUGAUGACCAGUUAGCUCAGAUGGCACCUGAGACAUUACCUGAAGACUUCAUUCUUGGAAUAGAAGACAACAUAUCAUCCCUGACUCCAGUGGAGUUCAAGUGUGAAUAAAAUUAUAUGAACUGC